CCUGUACACAGAUCGACUUAAAUCAAUGCCAAAUAAGAGGCUAAUUCCAGUCAAUCACAGUCACUUCAAAGGUACGAUCAAUCCAGACGAAGACACGCUGAUUGAAAUCCCUAGGGGGUUGCAUGAGCAACCGAUUGUGAUUGCUCGAACCGGGCUGCAAGAGAAGAGCAUCAGCAUUCAAAGAUCAAUAAGAAAUGUGGAUGUGGAAGGAAACAAAUACCGAGAGGCGGAAGAUCGCAGCAAAAUCAAAAUAGUUCAAGACGGAAACGAUGAGAGUUUCCAGCCCAAGUUCCACAGUUCGGCUCGAUCCCAGCCAGUAAAUGCGAGUUUUAGUUCCAACUUGGAGAAUAGCAGGAACUUUGACGAAAAUGUAACACUCUCAAGUAGAUACGAUGAAAUGCAAAAAGCCAAGAAAGAACUAGAAGAAUCCGGGUUUUUCAAUGCAACCAACCCACCUCCAAGUAGUAGUUUCAGCCCAAACAGUACUAAUAAUGUUUCAAAUUCAAGUUGCUGUUUCGUAGAUUUUAAGGAAUUAUUUACGAAAUCGCAACAUAGCACCUCUUCUACACCCUGCGACAAAUCGGUUCAAUUCAAGUCUUCAACCCUGCCAGUUGAUUUGGUUGCAAGGAAAUUUACAUCAAAAUCCGAUACCUCUAGCAAUAAUUCAAGCUUAAGCCUGUUCAAAGAAGACAAUUCUGCAUCCAGAUCCUCCUCAAGGAAAAAUGUCUUCAAUAACACGCCAUCAUUCAGAUCUGGAGGGUCCUUGACUUCGUCCAGAAAAGACUUGGCCAGUUGCAGGUUUCCUAGUGCUUCAUCUUCAGAAACCUUUGAAGAUAUGGAAAGAAAGGCGAUAAUACCUGCUAGUACGCAGUCAAGUAAGGACCCGAUUUGUGUCAACAAAGUAUGUUCAACAGAGAGCCACUCGGGGCGAAAAAAAUCAUCAAAAUGUGGAACUUGUUCAUCUAGAACGCAAUCAAUAAUGAACGAAUCGAUUCUUUCACAAAGCAAAUCUAGAAGAACCGACAAAAAGUCACACUCAGGACUCGAAGAAGACGAAUGCAGAUCAGCCGGAAAUCUUCUAGAAGAUAAAGACAGGCUAAAUAAAUUUUACAAACGCCGCAGCAACGAGAUUGAUGAGAUUUACAUCGACCAAUUGAAGAGACAGUUUGAAGAAGCAAAGCGCAAACUUGAAGACGCUCUGAUGCUCGCCUCUAUGUCUCUAAAGCAGCUGGGCGACAAUAAACGUCGCCUAUCAAAGGCCUCAAGCCGAUAUGCUCCUAUUUGCGAUUCUGUUCCAGAGCUGGACAUUUCCUUUGUCCCCUUUUCUGGAAAAUCUCCGUCCUGUGCUUUGGACGCUCCAGUCUCAAGUCACAGUAAUCGAACGAGUGUUAUUUUGGGCCAAGAUAGAGCAAGUGAGAGCCGAUUUUCCGCUGCUCAGAGAUUGCCAACUUCAAAAACCCGAGCGGUAAAUUCGAAAAUUACGCAAACUUCCUUAGAUUAUUGGCCAAUAGAGCAGGAUCACUUCAAACCGGGAGGCUCCAAGUGCUUGGCAUGUUGUGAGCCUCAAAGGAGCAGCUCGAUGAAGUCCGUUAAGGUGGCUCGAUGCAAUAUUUCUGAUAGCGAAUCCUUCUUGGAUAAUCAUUCAGCGUUGCUGUCCUAAAGUCCAUUGUUGUAUUAUUUAGAAAAUGCCCCUGUUUGAACGCUCAUUAAAAGUGUAUUUGGAAA